AUGGGGACUUCUCCGCAAAUCCAGAACCAUGGCCAAGACCGCCACGAGGGCCGAGAAUAUGUCCAUCCUGUCUCCCAGGACGCUUCCGACUUGACUGGUCAUCAUGCAGACUUGUCGGGUACAGAAAGCGACUCCGAUCUUGAGAGCGAUGACACCGCAAUUUUCGAAAAUCCCCAGCCGAGGAGAUUGGAGUCCGCGCCGCUGAUAACAAGUCGUCGGCGAUUUUCCUCAAUUGAUGAAGAUAAUGAUCAUGACGCCGUGCUCGGGCCGGUCGAGGAGGACGAAGAGAAACCAGUGACUUGGAGCUCACUACCGAAGAAGGGCCAGUUGGCAAUCUUGACCUUGGCGCGACUGUCAGAGCCGUUAACGCAGACCUCUCUGCAGGCAUAUCUGUUUUAUCAGCUCAAAUCGUUUGAUCCAUCUCUGCCAGACUCGAAGAUCUCCGCCCAGGCGGGUAUGCUCCAGGGUUGCUUUACAGCCGCGCAAUUUAUCACCGCUGUCUGGUGGGGCCGUCUUGCCGAUGCUGAAUGGAUGGGACGGAAGAGAGUGCUGUUGAUCGGAUUGAUGGGCACCUGUCUGUCUUGUAUAGGCUUUGGCUUCUCUCGAUCUUUUGCGACGGCCAUGGUCUUUCGGACACUAGGUGGGGUAUUGAACAGCAACGUGGGAGUGAUGCGGACGCUGAUUGCAGAGAUCAUCGCUGAGAAGAAAUAUCAAUCCCGCGCGUUUUUGCUCCUACCCAUGUGCUUCAACAUUGGUGUAAUCAUAGGUCCAAUCUUGGGAGGCACUUUGGCCGAUCCUAUCAACAGCUUUCCCCAAUUUUUCGGCCCGGGUUCUACUAUCGGGGGCAAAGACGGUGUCUGGUGGAUGCAGCAUUGGCCCUAUGCAUUGCCGAAUCUUUUGAGCGCAAUCUUCAUAUUUACGUCAUUUCUCGCAGUGUUUCUUGGGCUCGAUGAGGUGAGGUCAAUCCCCGUCCACACUCAUAUAGUCACUAACAGCGAAACCGUCCAGACCCAUGAAAUUGCACGUUAUAGAAAAGACUGGGGUCGUAAAUUGGGCAAGCGGCUUACAAGAGCUUGGACCCGGCGACCCCGGCACUAUCGUCCACUUACACGCUCCAGCGACGAUGACUCCGUUUACACGGACGGCAGCCUCGGUGCUUGGUCUACGCCAUCAAGUCCAGCUCGCUCUCGCGUGCAUCCACGGCCGCAUAAGAAAAUAGGGUUCUGCCAGAUCUGGACACGCAACAUUGUCCUGACUUUGGUGGCUCACUUCCUGCUCGCCUUCCACACAAGCGCCUUCAACUCUAUGACAUUUGUAUUUUUGCCCGCACCCCGUGCCCCAGAGAACUCCGGCAAGGUCUUUUCCAUUUCGGCGGUGGACUAG